UCUGAGCUGCAUCUGCCAGAGCUCCCGGUCCUGCUCCCAGUGUCCUCACCCCACGGGAAGAUGAAGGUCUCUGCAGCUGUUCUUGCUCUUCUCCUCAUUGCAGCCUCUUGCCUUGAAACUUUCUCUGCCCCAGUUGGACCUGAUGUCCGAAUCUGCUGCCCCUCUUACAUCCACCACAAGAUCCCGUGGAAGCUCAUCCAGAGUUACUACAGCACCAGCAGCAGCUGCAGCCUGCCAGCCAUCAUGUUCAUCACAAAGAAAGGUGUCCAGGUCUGUGCCAACCCCAAGGACCCCUGGGUUCAACAUUACCUGGAGAACUUGGAGAAGAACUGA